CAGUAUUAUUUGGAUUCACAAUCAAAGCUGCUAUUGUUUUAUUAACCUUUACUUCAUCUUUUGUCACAACUACGUUUGAGCUUGUCUUCAGUGUUUGCAUUUUUUUGGUUGUAGUUUUCUACAUGUUGCAGAUGGAUCAGGAACCGGAGCGAUUUAUCCGAGACUUGAUGCCUUCUGCUCCCGGGGGUUCCGAUGGAAAGAAGCGAAGAAAGCAAGAGAGAAGUGCCUCGCCGCUCGUGGCCAAAGUUCUCGAAGCAAGCGUGAAGCUCUUCUGCUUCUUUGUGGGUUGGUCUUGGCUCUCUUUAGACAUUGUCUCCCAUCUACUUCCGAAUUCUUUCAUCAUGGUCUACUUGCCAGCCCUUUGCUCUGGAAUGAUGGCGGUAGUACCGAUAGUUCCAUCAUUCAUUGUCUUCUUGCCAGCAACCAUGCAGAUUUGGCUUGAGGGUUAUCCGUUGCUUGCCAUGCUGCAUCUCAUUCUCCAAGUCUGUGUGUGGUUCUUUGCGCCGGCAUGGAUGUACAAGGAGAUGAAAGCGCAGGACACAAGCGUGCCGCCAUACUUCACUGGUCUAAGUGUCUUCGCGGGUAUCUGGGUGUUUGGGUUCUCCGGGAUCGUCUACGGGCCGGUCCUAGUGAAUCUUGUUCCUGUGAUCUACAGAACCCUCAAAGAGCAGCUGCGAGGAGACGCCUUGGAGAAGCUGCAGAGAAAAGCUUCUCUCAUCAUGUCGUGACCCCCCUCUCUCGCAUGUUGUAUACAAGUAUUUUCAUUCCC